AUGAUUCCGAUCACGAACAUUUACGGUGGAAGGCGUCAUCCCUUCGGAAAGGUACAAGGCAGAAGUCAUCUUUUUCCCACUGACGAAGAGAAGGAGAAGACAGCCCAGGCGUGGGUGAAAGAGAGAAACAGACUGCUUGCAAGGCACAAUGAGCACAGGAAGGAUCAUGGUCUUGAUCUAAUGCCAGCCGAACGGGCACAACGUUUCGUCCAGCCGCCGAGCGAGUUAGAGGCAUAUAUCUUCAGUCGAUAUCGGGCCAACAGGGGGUUCAACAGCCCUCUUAAGGGUCGGUUCAACAGAAGAGAUCGAUUUUCAGCACAAGAGGACUACUACGAGCUGCUGACAGAAGCAUAUGGUGAUGCCGAAGAGUGGGAGAAAGUCUACGCUGAUGAGUGGGCCAAGCUCUUCAAAGGACAGGUCUUUGGUAGGAGGGACGAGCGCCGCAAUGUGAGGGCACAAUUUUGUGAUGAGGAUGAUGAAGAUGACGAUGAGCACGAAGAUUUCAGAAUGCCUCGAGGAAUAGGCGAGCCAGUGGAUGGGGCUGGGAGUGUUGGAGGUCGUCCUGGUGGCAUGCAUGGACCUGGUGGUAAUGGCCCUAGACUUUUCGGCGAAGGCUUUGAUGCUGGCUUCGGCAGCGGCAGGAGGCACGGGCGUCGAUAG